AUGGCAUCGCAGGCUCCUCAGGAUGCGGGCUGCCCCUGGUGCGGCGAGGUGAUGGUCGCGGCCAGGUGGCCGAGGCACAUCAAAGACAACCACCUGCACCUUGGUGUGCUACGCUGCCAUGUCCCCAACUGCGGCUGGAGCACGCACUUCGCGCGCACCGACGCGCUGUUCGACCACUGGAGCAAUGUGCACGACUACUACCGGCCCGGAGACCCCAAGGCGCGCAGCACCGACGAAUCCCACCUGUCACGAAAGGUGCGGGAGGUCCUGGAGCAGAUCCUGACCGACGACUGCAGCGAGCUCGAGGCGCGGAAGACUCGUGUCCGGUUCCUAGAGGCGGAGAUCACCACAUACCAGCCGGGGUAUGUCCCGAGCCAUGGACUGACGACGACGCCGGGAGAGCCGCUGCACGUCCUGCUCAACAAGACCAAAAGCCAGUUGGUCGACGAGGUGAUCAGAGCUCGGACCCAGCUCAGUCAGGACUGGGACGGUACCCUGGCAGCCUUGACCCUCUGUGUCAUCAGCAACAAAGCUCAGGCCCAACAACAAGCUGACAACCAGGGUUGA